GGGAAAAUGUCGUGAAGUGAUGUAGGUCAAAAGGCGCAGAGUGGAGAGGUUCCUGUGACUCCACCACCACCAGCUCAGCUCAGCAGACACCAGCAGGGAAAGCCACGAGCUGGUUUUGCGCAUGGUCAGUUUCACCUCAGUCAUUUUUUCGCCUCUCUCUCUCCCUCUCUCGCUCUCCGUCCUCUUCACUCAUCAUCAUCCAGCAGCAUCCAUCUCUCCGGAUGUCCACAGCCGUCGGAUUCCUGUCUGGUCGCGCCCUGGGCACCAGGAUUUAGCUGGUUUUAACUCUCCAUCACCGGGAGAAGUGUCAGCGCGACAGUGAUGACAGGGAGAAGAAAUGGGAAUGAAUAACCAUGAAGUGAGGAUAAAGCCGAGUGGAGGUCCAAUGAAGACAUGAGCACAUAUCGAUGGAGUCCUCUUUCAACACCGUAGAGCUCCGGGAGCUGCGAGGGAGUGGAGCCCGGCGAGGCCCGUCUCCGACACCGACUUCAGCACCCUGGACAGCAGCGACGCUGGGCUGCUCCGCCCGGGGCUUUGAGAACGCCUCCUACGAGCAGGAUGAGGAGCAGGACCUCCGUCAGCAGGAGCAACAGCCGACGAGUUAUCCGCCUUCCACAUCAGGAAACAGUAAGCAUCAUCAUCAGGAGAUCUCACCACAGUCGUAUGAUGAGGAAGAAGGCGGUGGUGGAGCAGGUGGAGGUCAGGAGGACGGUCAGGACUUCACUGAAUUUCGCCCCGUUGAUGACCACUCGGCAGACUAUGGCUUCAUCUUGGCGCUGGUGUUCCUCGUGAGUGGGAUCGUCCUUGUGGUAAUCGCCUACACCAUCCCACGGGAGCCCAAAGUCGACCCUGACUCAGUUUCGGCGCGACAGAUGGAGAAGCUGGAGAUGUACUACGCCCAGCUUGGCUCCCACCUGGAUAAGUGCAUCAUCGCGGGCCUGGGCCUGCUGACGCUGGGAGGGAUGUUCCUGUCCGUGCUGCUCAUGGUGUCCAUCUGCCGGGGCGAGAUGUACCGACGCAGGGCGGCAUUCGUUCGACCCAAGAGGACUUACGGCUCCAUCAACCUGAGGAUGAAGCAGCUGGCGACUGGAGAGGCGAGGUUAGGUGAGGGCGGGGAUGGAGGCGAGGAGGUUUUGGUGGAAUGCGCAGAGACGCGGAAUAAUGUACAGCCAGAGCCGAGCCGGGACUCCAAAUCAGUACCAGGACCAAGCAAAAACCCUCCUCCUUCUCUUCCUGCUGCUUCUUCUUCUGCUGCUGCUGCACGUGGAGUCAACUAGCUCCACCCUCUGCCUUCCUCUGCGCGAUCCCCCAGGUGCAUUAUGGGGAUGCAGGUCGCCCGUUUGUGCCGAGGGGAGAACCCCAUCUUAAGCAAGAGACUUCCUGCCGGAGCUGUUACCCGGCAUGUAGGGAUGAACUGAGCUUAAGGGAUAUUUAUUCUGACCAAUCACAAGGGAUGUAUGACUUUACAACAGAGGGCUCAACUGGGUGGAAGACGAGAGGUAAGCCUGUGGCAAUGUGGAUAAGAGCACAUGUGGACAUGAACGGAUGCAUAUCAAAGAUUAAAAUGAAGAUUUUGAAUCCCAGUAUGUUAAUCAGAUUCAUACAAUAUAAAGCACAUUAUGAUAUAAAGCACCGCAGAAAGUAAGAUUAACAUCUUAUUGUGAAAAUUCUUUACUGAUGCUGAAAGGAAGUUCGGUAAUUAAAUCUAGCCAUAUUUUAAGCCCUAACCAGCAGGUUCACCUUAACACACUCACACUAAAUACUCGGCUUGCAACGCUGCUGUGAAUAGCACUAUAACAGACUUCACAGUAAAUUACUGUAAAAGAAAGAGCAACUCGCAGUCAUACAAAAAACAGAGGCAACAGUUUUGAAAGCUUAGCGACGUUCACCUCCAGCCAUUAAUACAGAAGGUUAACCGCAGAAAACCCUAAAAAAAAGCUUAAAAUGUUCAGUUUAAACCUGCAUUAAGCAAAAUAAGUGACUGAUUAAAAAGAUGGAACAGAGCUCGCUUGGCUCCUUUUAGCUGCUUGUUUUGUUUUUCUGGCCGCACAGACAGAUGUGGUUUAAU